AUGACUUUCGCCUACGUCCGGUGGUGACCUCCAUUUCGUUUCAUCACGUUUCACUUUGCCAUCGAUUCUAAGGGAAGCGGCCGGAACAUUCUGAGGUCCUCGAGUUAAAUCAAAGAAAAUGGCUGAUGUUCCAGAUGGUAAUCCUGACAAGGGAAAGAAGCUUUUUGUGCAAAGGUGCUCUCAGUGCCACACUGUUGAGGCAGGAGGAAAACAUAAGACUGGACCAAAUCUGAAUGGGCUCUUUGGCAGAAAGACAGGCCAAGCAGCUGGAUUCUCAUACACCGCGGCCAACAAAAACAAAGGGAUUACAUGGGGUAAGGAUACCCUGUUCGAGUACCUGGAGAACCCCAAGAAGUAUAUUCCUGGAACCAAGAUGGUGUUUGCUGGGCUCAAGAAAAAGAACGAGCGUGCUGAUUUAAUAGCGUACCUGGAAGUAGCAACCAAGUAAAUAGUCUGGCUUUAUGAACAGUGAGAGAUUGAUGCCUGUCCGCAUGGACAGACAGUUUGGAGCGAGGGAUUUAGGCUUGCCACAGACUGUUGCACAUGGGGAUUGUCUUUGUGGAUGUUUGAUGGAUGGAGGUCGUAUUUAUUAUUUGCUUGUACCCCAAAUGAGCAUUGUUCUGUAGUCAUCUUCAUCAUAUAGUAAAAACAAAUAUUGUCACAAGUUUUCCUGGUCCUAGGCAAAAUUAAAUGGCAUAUAACAUCAUUUGGCUUAGAAAAAAAAACAUGACCAGGAUAGUGGAUAGUUUGUUACCUUUUUUUGUUUUUAGCCCUAGGCUUUUGCUUGGGAUAUGAUGAUUGUAUAUGCGAACGAUAAAUACAUGAUGCACUUUUUUAAACAACCAAAAAAAAA